CAGCGUAUAAUCGUAGAAUACUUAGAACAUCAGCAUUAAUUCCUUGUCUAAUAGAAGAGAUAAUAUUGCUUGCAUUAAACGACAGGACUCAACAUGACUGGAAGUCGUUUGUGUUUGAGAGCUUUGUUUGUUUUUGCAGUGUUGGUGCAAGUGACUGCCCUUGACGUGACCACAACAUGGAUGAAGGACACGGCUGUAGGAUCAACAGCGACACUGAACUGUAGUUGGACUACGCAGCCUUAUGAACGCCCACUGAGAUUAACAUUCGCUUUAGAUCAAAUUUUUAAUGAUUAUUUAUUUUUUUGUUCUAUUGAAAAUGAAUACAGCUGCAAUAGGAGUAGGAGUAUGUUCCGUAUGGGUUAUGUAGAUAUUUCUCAACGGGGAUCUAUAUCUAUGGUGAUGGAAGACUUACAAUGUUCUGACGAUGGGACAAUAUAUAUUUGUCUAGUUGACGUUUAUCCAACUUUCGAGAUAUCAAAAGCUUCACUUACUGUACAAGUUCCACCAUCAGCUCCAGAAUUAAGUAAUGUCCAAACAGAUGUCCAAGAAAAUUCAGACAUCACAGCCACAUGUACAGCCAUUGUGGGCUAUCCUGAAGCUGGACAAAUUGUUUGGAGAGCUUAUCAAAAUGGAGGAAGUAUUGACUUGUCUUCUCAAUUAAAGAUUAAUGUAAUUAAUGUCCCACAGCCAGGUGAUGACAAGUGUACAAUCCGUAUACAAAGUUCAGCAACUCUAAAAGCCAACAUGCGUCACCAGGGUAUUUCUCUGGCUUGUUUCGUAAUCAAUGAGGAUUUCAAGCCUACAGCACCAGAUACAUGCGCUGACCCAGAGACAGACUUGUGUGUCCAGACUGAUCCUGCAGUGGUCACUUGCAGUAACUCCAUGGACAUUUUUAAAGUUUCAAUGAUAGUUGUUGCUGUUACUUUCUUUGUAAUCAUAAUUAUACUGAUCGCUGUCAUCAUUGUUCUCACCCGACGAAGAAGCCAAUGUCAAGGAGAGAAAGAAAUGAUCAUCAAAAACUAAACAAAACAAAAAAAAAGUCUCAAUAUCAUGGAAUUGUGAUUAGACGACUGAUUGUAUAUAAGUGUUAUAUAGUAGAGACAGGUCAUAAUAAACAUUAUGUU